UAUCGAUAAAUUUGAUGCAAUAAAAUUUAAACAAAAUUACCUUAAGAUUCUGAACGAGAUACAGCUUUGAAUUAACUUGAAUUUUUAAUUUAUAUAAAUGAUUGUCUUACACACCAAUUAUGUAUAUUGAAUGAUGGCAGCACCAAAACCAAUCUACGCAACGGGUGUGACUGUAUUUGGUUUUACUUGUUUGGUAUUGGGAUGUAUAGCUUUAUUUUUACCUGUUUGGGGUCACUUCGAAGAUAGGAAUGGAGCUUAUCAGUCUGAACGUGGUUAUUUUGGACCAUGGAAAGUUUGCAAAAAAUUAAAUUACGGUCGCGAAAUUUGUGGUGACAGAUUUCGUUUUCAAGUAUCAGGUGCUGUAUACGUUAGUGGCAUACUUUCCAUGAUAAGUUGUGGAAGUCUAGCAAUUUUUUCAAUUUUGUCAAUAAUUCAGUUGGCGAUGAUUAAUUCAAGGGAUGAAGUCGUCCUGAAAUACAAAACGUGUGUAAUAUUAAAAUUGACACUAGCCAUAAUCUCUGCGUUAUUGGCAUUGUCUGCAGCAAUUUUAUUCGCAAUCGAAAUAGAUAAUAUAAACCGUAGUUUCAUUGUAACCAGAGGAAUUUCAUUUUAUUUACAAAUAUUAUUGGUAAUAUUAACAAUAGGAUUAGUUGUAGUUGCCUUAUAUGAUGUUAUAUUUACGUUACGCGUGUCUGGUGAUCCGACAAGUGGUGAGGUCACGUCGUCAUCAGCCACAACUAUCAACAAUCCUGGUUACCGUGAAACCCGAUCGGGAAUAUCGGUAACGGAUGCGUCUGGAAAACCUUAUGCAUCAAGUACAAAUGGACAUGGUAGCGUUUUAUCUAUGAACACUACUGUAACAAGUGUAUCGAAUGGAUCCACACUUGAUGGCUCUGUCACCAGAUCUCCUUUAAGGUCAAGUUUAAAAAAACCGCGUAAUCGUGAUGCUCUGGGCAUACAAAAUCCAGGAUUUUCUGGAGCAAAUCAUUCUCCACGAAUGAAUCGAACAGGUAGUGUGAAAAAAGUACGAAUCCAAACGCAUAGCACAGAAGUUUAACUAACUAAGAGGAUGAACGGAAAUACAUAUAGUAGGCAUUUUGAAUUUCAAUAAUUUCAAAAUAUGAAAUCUUUAGUGAAAAGGAAAUGUUAAGAUAAUAUUUUACCGAUAAUCAAAAACACUUGAUUUCGAAAAGAAUUUUGAAAUUUUUGUUCCAAAUUGAAUUCCACAUUUGUGUAUUUUUUAAAAUAUCAAAUUCCUGAUAGCAUAUAAAAAUUAAAUUGGGAAAAUAUUUUGGAAGUAAUAAUUAUAACCUUAGUAAUAAAUUUGAAAUACUAUAUGACAGUUUUUAGGUGAACAUUUUUCAAUGAAUUUGAUCGAAAAAUCAUUUCAAGAUUUAUUGGAUUGCAUUUUAAUCCAACCAACUAAAAAAUAUACAUACUACUGUAAACAUGUUUUAUGAAAUAAUUUUCAAAAAGUUUUCUGUAAAAGAAAAGUCUAUUUCAAUCAGAUAGCUUAUUUAAAAUUAAUAAUAUUCGCAACCCGUGCCUCAAACGCAUUGAAGAUUUUCAAUCGACACCGAUCGACACCCAUAUGGAACAGAAAAAAAAUCGUCAAAAUUAUAUCAUAAAAAAUAACAUUCUGAAAGAUUCACGGAAUUUCAAUGCAAAUUUGAGGUAACUCCCAUACAAAAAUUUCAUUUUUGAGCCAAAAAUCAAAAUUUUUGUAUGGGGAGUACUUCAAUUUUCAAUUGGACUUUCUUCAAACUUACUGAGAUCAUGUCUUUUGGUAAGAAAAUAAGAUUCACAAGUUUUCACGGUGAUUAAGUUCCUGUAAGCAUACAUUUUGGGAAGAAUUCCAAACAAUUUCGAAUCAAGAAAAUCUAGAGGGUAGACACAUGUUUAAAAUGUAAAAUCCACUUAGUUUUGAAGAAUAUACUUCAUUAUUUGAAUACAUUUUGAUUCGGUGAAUCUUCAAGCUAAAACCACGAUUUCCGUGAUUACGUGAUUCCAAGAUGGCGGCAUACACACGUAUUGAACUACACAAAAUCUAAGAAAUUCCGCACAAAAGAAAAUAAAAAAUCCCUGCAAAAUGUGGUCUAUAGGCAGUUUUCCAUGUUGCUGUCUUAUAUGGAACCGCAAGUUGAAAAUUAAUUCAUAUCUUGAAUCUUAAAUCUUGAAUCUGGGAACUAUAAGGAAUGUUUUCCUAAGUGGCCACCAAAUUGUGCCAAAAAUGUUCCACCCAACUAUAUAUUCAUCAAGCUAUUUCUGAUAAAUGUAACCAUUUAUAAACAUUUUCAGUAUUAUUAAUACCGUAUGGAUGCUCUAGAAUAAAAAGAACAUAUUUUUUGCUCGAAUAUCCAAAUACAAUUCAUAACGGAUGCUUAUCAAAGCAAAACAAAAAAGAAAUUAGUAGGCGAAUACGGAACAUUUCAUUUUUGUAUUUUUUUUUUAACUAUGGAUAUUCCGCAUUGUUCUGAAAAAUGUUUAUUGUUCUGCUAUUUUCUAGCAACAACAUUUUGUUUCACUUUAAUGUGUUUGCGUCACGCAAAUCAACGGUGAUAUUAGUUUGUGCUUUAUACCGAAUCACAGAGAGUUUUAUUCUGAAACAUACUAGUAAUCGGCUGUUACCAGAGUUAUUUGGAUCGGCUGCUGAUUGAAAUCUAUAAAUGCAUUUUUUAAAAACAUGUUUUUCAAAUUUGAUGUAUAGUAAUUGCAAUGUGUCCAUAAUAAAUAGAUAUAUCAAUAAAUCGUGUGGUACACUAAAUAGUGAAGAUUUUUUAGCACCGUAUCACAUGAUCGAAGUGAGUGAUUUGUGGAUACAUUGGAUAAUUGCGUGCAAUCAACUUUAAUUUCGAACUCAUUGAAAUAAUUUCAUAAAUAAAUAAUAACUGUUUGGUUUACUUUCGAGAAUUCGAUAAGUUUUUUGAGUGUAUUUCAUAUAAGUAGUUAGUUAUACACCUUAAAGUAAAGUAAGAUCGCAUCAUUAUCUGGAUUUUUCGUUUUUUUGGAUAAAUUCAAAUGUUUCAAUCAAAGUACAACGAUAAUUACAGCUGGGCAGGGCAGCAACUUCCCUAUGGUCGUCUGUGUUAAUGUUAAGUAACCCAAAUGUGUGCCAUUUUUGGUUUGGCUGUCAGCCGCUCCAAUGGUACUGCUAUCAAAGUUGUUUGCCAUCGUUGUGCUUUGAUUUCAAGACAUAAGAAUAUAAUUUUCACCAAAAUGUACCUUAUUUUGACCAUGAAAUCAUAUUUAUCGACUUACAACGGUGUUAAAGUAAUAUUCAAAACGUUGUAAAAAUAUGAUUUUCGGAUUUCAAAUUCAACAUUUUCUUUUGAACAAAAUUUUAGUUCUUCAAAACUUCCAAAUAUGGACUUUAAAUUUAGCUUUUCUAAUAUUCAAAUAUUUUUCUUUAUUUUGAUGAUAAAUUUUGCGAUUGUUAAAUGCUAUGUAUUUAUUUAGUAUAAAAUGUGUAUUGGGUUCAAAAUCUAACUUAAUGAAAAAAAUCCACCAGGAAUAUGGUGGUCUUCCAUAUUUAUUGUUCGUCACGAAUCAAAUAUUUUCAUUUUUGAUAAUAGUGUGUUUAUUUAUUUUAAAAUUAUCAUAUUGCAUUUUUAAUAUGAUGUAAAACAUAACGAAUCCGUCCAAUUUAACAUCUAAUCAAAAUUUAUUAGAUUUUUAUUAAGAAGUAUUUCCUACAUAGUUUGUUAAUAAUUGCAAAAUUGUAAAUUGUUAAACAAGGUUUUAUAAAUAAAAACAAAUGCAUUUUUUUCAAAACCGUU